GCUUGCGCAGGCAACUCAAUUUGAUACAAACUCAUAUGCGAUAUCACAACAGGCAGCCUCAGAAGACGGUUUUGGCGACUAUUUAUCCGACAUUGACAACGACAACAACAACUAUAAUGGGCUGUUGAGGGAGGUCAUGGGGAGAAUGAUUAUUAGCGGACUAGCUUGGUUUUGGCGGUUGUUAGAAAUCACUACUAGAUGGUGUGGAUGGAGGAAAAAGUAUCCACGCUGGAGCAAGGCAGAAAAGGAG